GCCACCACCCACUUCUACAUUUACCAACCAAACCUACCACAUACUUGUCUCUCUUUCUCCCAUUUUUGUUUCAAUCUUUGAAGCUUUUUUCAGGUUUUUAUUAUUGUUCAUCACAAAAUUAACAGGAUCAAAGGAUGGUGGAGGAAAACCAAGAACCAUGAAAGAUGUUGCUUCAGAAACCGAAUCAACAUCAACACCAUCACCGGAACCCAAAUCAAGUUCGGUUGCAACACCACCACCCAAGAAAACAAAGCCGCCUCAUGGUGGUGACAAGAAUGUUGGACUUGAAGUAGUUGUCGCAGAGAAGAGAAUGGCACUCAUUAAAGCAUGGGAAGAGAACGAAAAGACAAAGGCUGACAACAGGGCGUACACAAAAAAGUCAGAAAUCGGAGCAUGGGAAAAUACUAAAAAAGCAAUGAUAGAAGCUAAUCUUAAACAGAUUGAGGAAAACAUAGAAAUUGAGAAGGCAAAAAAGAGGGAGGAGAUGAAGAAUAGGAUGGCUGGAGUACAUAAAGAAGCAGAAGAAAAACGGGCAAUGGUGGAAGAGAAAAGGGGCCAAGACAUAAUCAAGGCAGAGGAAGCUGCUGCAAAGUUUCGUGCUACAGGCACUCUUCCUACCAAGUUGUUUAAAUGCUUUGGCUACUAAUUUUUUUCCCACCAUAUAAUAUACAUAAUUACUUA